GAAAAAGUAAAACAUUAAAAAAUGACGAAAACACCAUUUUCGUCAAUACAUAGUAGUAAUUUUAGAUCCUAAAUUAAUAAUAUUAAGGUAAACUAUAAUUACUACGACUGUCUUUUAGAAGAAUAUAAAACUUUGUAACUUUCCUUUUUUAUAGAUGUUAUGUCAAGGCAAAUUACGACCAGUUAUCAGAUUAGUACGUUUCUUGAGCGCAUCUUCUAAAGUUUACGCAAACCAUUAUGAUGUCCUUGGAAUCACUCCAAAAGCUACACAGAGUGAUAUUAAAUCUGCGUACUACAAAUUAUCGAAACUUUAUCAUCCAGAUAAAUCGAGUGAUGAAGCCUCUGCAAAAAAAUUUAGAUCAAUAACUGAAGCAUAUGAAGUUUUGGGAAAUAUUAAACUGAAAAAGAUGUAUGAUAAAGGUCUCAUGGUGGGCCGUGAAAAUACAUCUAGGAUGGAAUAUAAACCUGAACCAGAACCUACAGAUCCAACACUUAAAUUUUAUAAGUCCAGACUGAAUCGUCAAGUUGCCCCCACCAUGGAUGGAAAAACACCUAUUUAUAAUUUUGAUGCAUGGUCCAAAAGUCACUAUGGAGAUUUAUUUCAAAAAUCCAAAAGAGAAAGGGAAAUCAUAAGCAAAAGAAAACAAACAACAGAACAGCGUCAGGUAGCAAAUAGGCAAGAAGCAAUAAUGUAUGUUUUGUUUGCAAUAGGGGGUUUAUUUGUUUUCCUUGUGGCACAUGGAAAAGAUGAUUAUGAUAGAAUAAAAAACAUUGAAAUGGAAAAAAGCAGCAAAACUUAAAUUACCAUAAUGGCUUAA